GGAGCCCUGGCCGCUGCCUGUCGCAAGCCAGAAAUCUCUUAAUCUUAAUCUUAAGAUCGAGAUUGAUCUCUUCUAUUGUUGAGUCAAAUAAGAUAGAUAUCCGGACGAUGCUAUUAGUGUUGUACAUGCAGAGUCCUUUCAGGAAUAACGAGUGAAGAAGAUGGUAUCAUGAUUAAAAAGUAGUAGGAGAAAGCAUCUUCAAUACAUCGUUGUGUCAGACUCCUGAUGUGUCAGACAUCAAUAUGUUUCGGUGAAAAAGAGUCUGUCAAAUCUGCAGAUCAGUAUUUUCUCGCCCCUUUCCUCCUCGUCCUUUUUAGGCACAUCCCGUCUUUUGAACGAGGAGGCUGUACUAUUUUUUGCCUUGAUGUUGUCCUGUUCUUGCCACUUUAGAUUUUCAGAACUAGCUAGUCAUCUAGUUUGAUUAUUGAUAGGCUUGCAAAGUUGCUUGAUUUGAAGGUAGAUAGAGUUGCUUUCGCUGUUGACAUUGCUGUUUCAAGAUUGAAAACUGCAUUUGUCGUAUCGCUAAAUCUAAAUCGACUCUAGGUAGUAUCUAUUGUUUCAAGAUAUACCGAUUUUUCCUAUCAACAACACAAUAUGUCAGCCUCAACUAGCGCAACACCCGCUCCACGAGGAGUGUUGUCGGACGUUAGCGUAGGAUGCUUCCGUGAUCUCGGUGUCCAGGUUCUGCUUAUGCUCAUGGCAAUCUAUUUCGUCAUCCAGGGAGCGGUCAGCCUAGGAGCACUCUUCCUCUUCCUCUACUGCGUCUGGUAUUUUUACUACUACUGACACGGCUACGAUAUUCCACAUAAGAGGCUGCCGAUGUCGCCGACAGAACUGUUUGUAGACUCUAGGAAGUUGCUUUUAGUAUCGCUAUCACAAUGGUUCUUGUCUAAGAAGUUAAGAAAGUGAAGUGCUGCUCGUCACAAGGGAUAUCUAUGUCAUAGAUUUAUCAUUUAUCUCCUUCUACUUUUAUCCCAAAAUAACCAAAAAGGUACCUCCGGAUGCAGACAACGUACGGUUUGGCGCAGCAUUUGUUUGAGCCUUUGGUGGAGAAUGGUGAAACGAAAGAGGGAGAAGCGAAAGAAGCGGUAGAGCAAAAGGUUUGAGCGGGUCUUCGAGGUUUGGACGGUCUUGAACCAAUGUUGUUGCGCAGUUUCUUACGAUGUCACGCAGUUGCACAGGGGAAUCCUUUUCAGUAAGGAUACCUUCGUUCUUGGGUUUUGGACGGAGACGAGGUUUCUUCAGAACUUCUUGGGUUUAAGUAGUAGAAGUUGUAUUUUUCGUAAUGUUUAUAACAAGCAAAUGUCGCCUACUACGAUGAGAAUCGCUCUCAAGUAUGAUCACAUCUACGAAAACUAGCUAGGCCUAAGCGCUACUCUAGUGAGGCCUUCAAAAAAUUGUGUGUAGAAGUUGUUUGGACCCAUAUUUAUGGUGUGCAUAGAAAACAACAGUAAGUGAAAAGUAGAGACUAAAGUGAUACAGUCAUGAGAUUGGACCUAUGUUGAAGAAGAGGUUCUAUCUUUAACAAUGUAGGAAACGAUUCAUUUCUUGGAUCGUAAUUCUAGACUAGCUAACAUCAUCCUAGAGUAGCAGUCCUUGUGUGCAGAUUUGAUGUGAUAUCUACUCAAAAUGUCGCGCAACAAAAUAUUGCAGCGACCAUGAACAACUUGCUAGGGCGUCAGCUGUCCUGGAUUUAAUGACGACCUAGUGUCGUCAUUACAACAUGUGUAGUGGAUUGUCUUUGUGCCUGUCCAAUAGAGAAACACAUCGUUCUUGUAACGAAAAUAUACAUGGACAGUAGUCGUGCAGUCGCUGGUGC